ACUUCCACGGAGCGGCGCACUGUGCGACAGUAUAACUUUGUGAUCGUAUCAGAUCGCGUCGCGAUUUCCAAAUUAUUUCUGAAACGUUUCGUCAAAUUUAAACGUUCUCGUGCGUAAUUGGUGUAAACGAUUCGGCACGUCUUGAAACGUAAUUUAUUUUCUCUUUAUCACGCACGAUCUCGAUAAACGAAUAACCAUGUGUGUACGUACGUUGGUUGGUUCUGAAAGCAACGAGCCGGUAGUGGUAUACAAUAAUCAGAACAAGCUUCAGAAAACAAAAGAGAAGUACAUAAAGUUACACAACGAUUUUGUCACCAAAGAAUCGAUCAUCAAACAGCGGAAAAAUCAGACAGUCUUCAUACCAGAACUAGCAGAUGACAUCUUGAGGGCCAGUACCAUAAACUACAGUUCAUUUUUAAAAGCUUUGUCCACGUACUACGAGGCAAUACGACAAACAAAACUUUUCAAAAUCCUCUUUUACACAACACAACCGGCUCACGUUAUUAUGAUCGCAGCAGUUUUAUGCGUAACAUCGGCUCUUGUACCAACAACAGACAGAGUGCAUAUUAGUCAUUCUCAGUCGAGAGCAACAUCCUUCAUUUAUCUAGCUUCAUUCGUGAUGCAUCUUGGUGCCCAAAUCUGGAUGACUUUUGUAUCGGGUCUUACCUUGUACUUCGCAUUGCCAAGACAUAUAUUUGGAGAGGUUCAGCGUAUUUUAUUCCCCAGAUAUUUUACCAUCAAUGCAUGUCUCAGCUUCACUACACUUCUUAUUUUCGUUAAACACCAUCCUAUGCAUACUUGGGAUACUGAAAUUGCCAUCCAGGUAGGUGGUAUGUUCAGUGCCUUUUUUUUGGAGCUUCUGAUACGACUCUACUUAACUCCGCCACUUCUACGAUUGAUAGUGCAAAAGAAUACUUUAGAACGUGCUGCUGGUGUCGGCAAUGAGAUUGGUGUUCACAAUCCUGGUCCUCUUAAACACUGCCCCCAUUAUUUAAAAAUUCAUCAAGCCUUUAGACGCGUUCACGUUUAUAUAGCAAUGGGAAACAUGUUAACUAUGGGAUGUACAGUGUUACAUCUCCAUUACAUAGCUAGCAAAUUAUGCGUUCUUUAAAAACCUCAUCAGUCCUCUAA